AUGACUAAAAAGAUAUCAUCUACUUUCCUCCUUUUAUUGCUUGCUUUAGCAUUCGCAAACGCAGAGCUAAAAUUUGUCUUCUAACUUUACAGACACGGUGCUAGAGGACCUAUUAAUGACUGGUUUAAUGGUGGUGAAUAAAAAGAUAUUUAUAAUGAAUUGACUCCUACAGGUGAAAGACAACAUUAUAAUCUCGGUUCUAAGAUGAGAGAAGAAUACAAAGGCUUCCUUCCUAGCAAGUUUAAUCACUCAGAAAUUUAUGUUAGAUCAACUGAUAUGAACAGAACCUUGAUGAGCGCAGCUUCUCAUCUUUAAGGAAUGUUCCCAGAAAAUACUGGUGACUUUUUACCAUCUAAUUUGACAGAUAAUUACACUCUUCCUUAUUUUGCAGGUGCUAAAAACUAUUUGCCAAACUAAAAGACAGCCCUUCCUCACAACAUUUAAGUUGUUCCAAUCCAUACUCAACCAAAGAAGGGAGAUUUAGUGCUCUAGCCUGAUUCUAAUUGCUAGUAUUAUGAUGAUAUUAGACUUGCUUUCUACGCACAAAAGAAGGAAACAAUUGAUUUUAUCACUUAGCAGUUCAACACAACUUAUCAAUAGUAUUCUUUAUUGGCAAACAAAACAUUCUCAAAUUUCGAUGACAUGGAAGAUGUCGAUGACACUCUUUAAUGCAACAGGUAUAACGCCAAAUGGGUUCCUUAAAUAUCUUAAGAAUUAAAAGCGAAUGCUACUUAUCUUAGCUCUUUAGCAUGGAACUUUUGGUAUAACUAACCAGAACUUCUUCGUGCUUUGAACACACCUUUCUUGAACUAAUUAAUGGAUUAUUUAAACCCAGUUGUUUAAGGCAAAAACGUUAAUGGAUUAAAAUGGGUAAUGUUCAGUGCUCAUGAUACCAAUGUCCAAUUAAUUAGUGCAGCUCUUAACUUGACCAGUAUUGAUUGUCUUCUUCAUAAAAGAUUCCCUGACAAAUUUAAACCCAGCACUCCUUAUUAUAAUUGUGAGUUUGCUCCCGAGUUUGCUUCAAGUCUUAUCUUUGAAUUAUACCAAGCUGACGUAAAAGUUGAUGAAUAAAUCAAUAAAGGAGAUUUCUACAUCAGACUUAGAAGGGAUGGUAAAUACAUGAAUCUAUGCGAAAGAAACUCAACUCUAUGCUCCAUGAAAGAAUUCACUUAAAGAGUAAGCUGGUUUGCUUAUGAUUUUAAUGCAGUUUGCAACACUCCUCCAUCAAAAGCAGUUUUAAGCACUUAGAUUAUCACCCAAUCUCAUAAUCCACAAGCUGAUUAAACUAAUUUCUUCGAGAUAGGCUUUUAUUUACAGUCGAUAGUCAUAAUCUUAGGAGGUUUUGCUUUCUACAGAUCAAAUUUGAAUAAGAAAAAAUUAGAAUUCAAGUAAUUCUCAGACUGUGAAGUCGGUCUAACUCAUUGA